UCUUCAAGCCGAGCAAGAUGAAGCGUCUGUUCUCCUCACAUUUAUGGAUUUAUUUUCUCCUCUUGUUGCUAAUAAAUAAUACUUUCGCCUCUAAUAUCUGCACGUCCCGAGGAGCCAGCACAUGCCAACAGUGUUUAGCAGUGCACCGUUCCUGUGCGUGGUGCGCCCAAGAGGAUUUUGGGCUGAAUGUGCUUGGCGCCUCCCGCUGUGACCUCAAGAAGAACCUUCUAGAUGCAGGAUGCAGAAGAGGAGCAUUGGAAUAUCCCACCAGCCAGCUGUAUGUUACAGAGAACAAAACUCUCAGUGAUAAGGCCUCUGGGUCCACUACUGAUGUCACACAGAUCCAGCCCCAGAAACUGCAGAUUACCCUGAGACCUGAUGACUCCCAGCGGUUCACGCUGCAGGUUCGGCAAGUGGAGGACUACCCUGUUGACCUGUACUAUCUGAUGGACCUGUCCUACUCCAUGAAUGAUGACCUGUCACAGCUGCGAAAGCUUGGAAAAGGUCUGGCAGAGGAGAUGAGUAAAACCACCAGCAAUCUGCGUAUGGGCUUCGGUGCUUUCGUGGAUAAACCUGUGUCUCCAUACAUGUACAUUUCUCCACCAGAGGCAGUGCAGAACCCAUGUUACUCGAUCCCAUACAAAUGCCAACCGCAGUUCGGCUACAGACACGUCCUGUCUCUGACAGAGGAAGUAAGCCGAUUCACAGAGGAGGUGAAGAAACAGAAGGUCUCUCGGAACAGGGACGCUCCAGAGGGAGGUUUCGAUGCCAUCGUACAGGCAGCCGUGUGCAAGGAGAAGAUUGGUUGGCGGCCAGAUGCUUCUCACCUGCUGGUGUUCACCACAGAUGCUAAGACUCAUGUAGCACUUGAUGGUCGCUUGGCAGGCAUUGUGCGGCCAAAUGAUGGCCAGUGCCACGUGGGCGCAGACAACGUCUACAACAUGUCAACUACAAUGGACUACCCAUCCCUCGCCCUGAUCACAGAGAAAAUGUCAGAGAACAAUAUAAAUCUAAUCUUUGCUGUGACCAAUCCUGUAGUACCACUUUACAAGAACUACAGUGAUCUGAUCCCUGGUACUGCAGUGGGGACUCUGUCUGAGGAUUCACGCAAUGUGAUCCAGCUGAUCCAAAAGGCCUAUGCUAAAAUUCGCUCUAAAGUUGAACUAGAGCUCCUGAAUGUCCCAGAGGAGUUGAGUUUGUCGUUCAAUGCCACAUGUCUGAAUGGAGAGGUCAUCCCUGGACUCAGGUCUUGCUCUGGGCUCAAGAGAGGAGACACGGUGUCCUUCAGUGUUGAGGCCCGUGCGAGGGGCUGCCCCAAACAGAAGCGCAAGACAUUUACCAUCAAACCUGUGGGCUUCAAAGAUGCGCUUCAGAUCACUGUCAAUUUUGAGUGUGAGUGCAAGUGCCAGGCUCAGAGUGAGCCCAACAGUUCUGCGUGUCAUCACGGCAAUGGCACCUACGAGUGUGGCAUCUGCCUGUGUCACCCAGGCCGGCUAGGCCCCAAGUGUGAGUGUGCAGAGGGAGACUACAGCUCCAGCGAUCAGGGGACAUGCAGCGGGCCCAACAAAGUGGUGUGUAGUGGCCGCGGAGACUGUGUGUGUGGCCAGUGUGUGUGUCACAACAACGACUUCGGCAAGGUGUGGGGGAAGAGGUGUGAAUGUGAUGACUUCAGUUGUCUGCGCUACAAAGGAGAGCUGUGCUCAGGUCAUGGCACAUGCUCAUGUGGUUUCUGCCAGUGUGACCCAGACUGGUCGGGUGAAAACUGUAACUGUUCCACGCGCACGGACACCUGCAUGUCCAGCAUGGGUUUGCUGUGUAGCGGCCGUGGCCAGUGCGUGUGUGGUAGUUGUGAGUGCACCCAGCCUGGGGCCUAUGGCUCCACCUGUGAUAAAUGCCCCACCUGCCCAGAUGCCUGCACAAUGAAAAAGGACUGUGUGGAGUGUAAGCAUUUUAAGCGUGGAAGGCUCUUUGAGGAUGAAACCUGUGCUCGGAUUUGCAGAGAUGAAAUUCAACUGGUUGAUGAUCUGGUUUCCAAUGAUAAGAAUGCAGUGAACUGCACCUACAAAGAUGAAGAUGAUUGUGUGCAGAGGUUUCAGUACUAUGAGGAUAACAGCGGGAAGUCCGUUCUGUCUGUGGUAAAAGAGCCAGACUGCCCUAAAGGCCCUGACAUCCUGGUGGUGCUAUUGUCUGUUGCUGGGGCUAUACUGUUCCUGGGUCUCGCUGCCUUGCUCAUCUGGAAGCUGCUGGUGACAAUCCACGACCGCCGUGAGUUCGCCAAGUUUGAAGAGGAGCGAGCAAAAGCCAAGUGGGACACGAGCCACAAUCCUCUCUACAAAGGGGCCACCACCACUUUCACCAACAUCACCUAUCGAGGCAAGGAGUAACACUCCUUCACCACAGUCACUGGAGUGACAGCGAGACGGGACCACAGACACAUUUUUCUUUUUUUCUCUGUUACAUUUUCUUACAGCUGUAAAAAUAAUGUUAGCCUUUUAUAUUUGAAGGAUGUACAUUUUUAUCUGUAAAUAUGAUUCACUGUUUUAAUGAAAUAUCUUGGGUUUAAUCAUCACAUGUUUUGAUUAUUAGUUUGUUUUGCAAGCACUCAUUAAAUGUACAGUGUCAUAGGGUGGAGUAUUAAGAGCCUCACUGUUUGUGUUCAUGUCCGUGUCUUUGGAGAUAGCUAACCACCAUGACUCUUCCUCUUCCUCAGUGCCCUUGUCUGGUUUCCUGUCUAGAGUUAUACAUUUAUACUGCAAGCUUGAGCAAUUUUUUAACUGUUUCUGCGACAGUGGUAAAAGUACUGCACUGGACUGUUUGUUUGACCCUCUAAUUUUUGCACAAUGUAAGUUUGUAUCUACACUGUAAAAAUAAUUUAUCAGUUCACCAUAAAAAUAUACUUGUGUGGUUACAAGAAGGGCUGAAUUAAUCAAAGUGUGCCGUUUUCAGAUUUCAAGAGCUGCAUUUUUAAUUACAUCCAACAUUAUUCAAUAUUGUCUAGCUUUAAGUGGAGAAAUUUAACCUAAUAAUGCAGAGCUUGUGCAGUACUACAUUAAGUAGCCCCAAGCCCAAAAAACCUGAUAUGCUGGUUUUCCUGUCAAAAAAGGCUGGAGCUUAAUUUAUACAAAACAAUCCAUUUAAAUUGCAAUAUUGCUCAGAAAAAUCACAAAUGAAUAUUUUCCUCAAAUUGUUGAACACUGCUUUUAUUCAACUCAAAUAAAUACUGCUGAAUUAGAGUUCAACAAAAUAUUUUAGAUUUGUUCAGUCCCCUUUUUACCAGCUUCUGUCUUGUUCCAAUUAUCUUGACAGCUUUAGACUUUUACGAAAAAUAUACCAAAAGCCUCAUGUAUACAUUUAUGAUUGCCUAAUUUUUUAAGAAAUGAUGUUGUUGGCUACAAAUAGAGUAGGUCACAGAUCAUUCAUGACAUUAGUAUUUUAUAUGUUAACUGUUUUGUAAAUAUAAAUACAUAUGUUGCUAAUAUUUUAGGCAAACUCCACUGCGUCAGCAGUACAAAAUGACUGUUGCUUUAUGUUACUAGCCAGUGUCCAGAAGGCCUCAGUUUGUUUUGCUUCCACACCCUCAAUUUUAAUGUCACAAAGUCAAUAUAUUUUUAACAGGAACAGGCGCGCAUUUUAAGUGAACUUGAAAACUUCAACCAGUUUUCAAAGGCUGUUCAUUUUCCUUGUGACAUCUGAUUUUGCCAGCAUCUUCAUUCAUGAGAUGGUAAAUUGGUUUUCAGUAGCAUGAAUAGCAUAUUUUAAGAAAUUGACCUCUUACACUGUCUUUCUAAUACCAAAUGGGAUUAGAUGAAAAGAUACUCAGGACCAUCAUUAGACUAUAUUGUUAUGGAAAAAGACAAAUUAUCUGAUUUGGUUGAUUUCAUUUACAGUUUGAUUUGUUAAUUUGAUUGUUUUGAGCAAGCAUUUUAUUUUAAGGACUGUUAUUUAUCACUUACAUAGAUUUUGCAGUGAUUAUAAUAUACAGGACUCAGUUACCUCAAAAGUCUAACUUGAUGGAUAAAUGUGAUGAAUAAAUAUUACUGAAUCUGA